AUGUUUGCAACUCCCCAACGAGGACCUGCUUGUAUCUCAUUUCUUUCUUUCCUCUUUUCCACUACGUUAGCGGACAGUGGCUCACCGUGCUGCUCUCGAGAUGCCGGAUUCGACCCAGUGGAGGCUGCAGAUCUGGCCAAAUCACUGUCAUCUCAUAGUUGGGAAUACGGAACAGCUGCUGAAGCCCUGCUCGAGCUAUAUAACCCAGAGCUAUCAGUGUUCAGCCGCAAUGCAUUCCCAAAUGCUUCUUUGCCAGUAGUGCCCCUCAUCGCAGACGUUCCAGCUCUAGAAUACGUCAAGCCGCAUAUUCGAUUAGGUAGCACGACGCUCAUUGAUGGCGAUGGUGCAUCGGGCGACCCAGCAUCCUUGGGGAAUUUUGCACUUCUGAUCGGACAGUCGGAAGAAGCAUAUCUUGAUGCAGCUAAAAAUCAGCUGAACCACUUCUCCGAUGUGCCUCGAUGGCCCAACGGCGCGAUCUCGCAACGAGACAAUACUGCCGAGCUUUGGGCCGAUUUCAUGUAUAUGGCUCCUCCAUUCAUGGCAUACGCUGGUCCGGCUUUCAAUGAUGGUGGCUCUCUCCAGUCCGCAAUUGAGCAGUGUGGCCUCUACCGGGAAGUUCUGAGCUCGAAUUCCAACUCUGGGGAUGUCAGUUCCGGGGCCUGGCAUCAUAUCAUCGGGCCAGAAACCCAAGACACUGGGUUGUGGUCGACGGGUAAUGGAUGGGCCGCGAUGGGCAUGGCGAGAGUUCUCGCAACGCUUUUGCAUUGGCAUCCAACCGAGACCGGACCAGAUUUUUCUCAAACACGGAAGGAUCUCUUCGAAUGGAUUGGUGAGAUUCUGCGAGGAGCUAUGAGCUCGCCAAAGGAUGAUGGUCUUCUCAGAAACUAUCUCAACGACGAUAGCUGGUUCGGCGAAACCAGCGGAACAGCUCUGUUGACCGCCACGGUGUAUCGAACGGUGGUCACUGCAGAGAUGAUGGACUGGGCCAAGGCGAACAUGAGGGCCGUUGCCGCCCAUGUUGACGAUAAUGGUCUGGCUAGCCCAGCGGUCAAUCCAUUGGGCUGGGGUGAUCGCACUCCUUACACUCAGGGCAGUCCUGAGGGUCAGAGCUUUCUGGUUCUGCUUUACUCUGCCUGGAGGGACUGCAUCGAGGCUGGUAUAUGUAGCGAAAACCUCUAA